UUCAGUUUGAGGACACAAUGAAGUUAAGUUUGUGAUCUAAGGACUUGAACUGUCUCCAAAUCUGCAGGAAGGACUUUUUGAUUGGAUCAAUAUAAAUACCUUCUUCAUUCUCUUCCAUCUUCAUCACAACCUACACAAUACCUCGUUAUUUUUUUUUCUUUAAUUGCGUAUCAGAUUCCUAGCAUCAUGACUGUUCUUGUUGAACAUUUCACCUCCGAUUCAAGAAUCGAGGAAAAGAAAAUGAAAGAUGAGAGGGAUGAUGAACUGUUGUGGGAUGGAGGUUUACUGGUUCCAAAAUCUAAAGAAGCUGAUGGAUUUGAUGCUCCUGAUAUCAAUUUCUUGGGCCACUCUUUUAGGGAUUAUGAGAAUGGUGCAAGCGAGAGACAGAAAGGUGUAGAGGAAUUCUACAGGAUGCAACACAUUCACCAGACCUAUGACUUUGUGAAAGAAAUGAGAAAAGAGUAUGGAAAACUGAACAAAAUGGAUAUGAGUAUAUGGGAAUGUUGUGAACUAUUGAACAACGUGGUCGAUGACAGUGAUCCCGAUCUGGACGAGCCACAAAUUCAACACCUUCUCCAAACCGCUGAAGCCAUUAGGAGGGAUUAUCCUAACGAAGACUGGCUCCAUCUCACUGCUCUAAUCCAUGAUCUUGGAAAGGUUCUGCUUUUGCCAGAAUUCGGUGGUCUUCCCCAGUGGGCUGUCGUUGGCGAUACAUUUCCAGUUGGAUGCGCCUUUGACUCGGCCAAUAUCCACCACAAGUAUUUCAAAGAAAAUCCUGAUAAUAGCAACCCAAAAUACAACACCAAAAAUGGAGUUUACAGUGAAGGAUGUGGAUUGGACAAUGUUCUUAUGUCAUGGGGUCACGACGACUACAUGUAUUUGGUGGCUAAGGAGAAUGGCACAACUCUUCCUCACGCUGGUCUCUUCAUUAUUCGAUACCAUUCCUUUUAUCCAUUGCACAAGGCGGGGACCUACACACACUUGAUGAGUGAAGAAGACAAGGAAGAUCUCAAGUGGCUCCAUGUAUUCAAUAAGUAUGACCUAUACAGUAAGAGUAAAGUUCAGGUAGACGUCGAACAAGUGAAGCCUUACUACAUUUCACUAAUCAACAAGUAUUUUCCGGCAAAACUAAAAUGGUGAACGAUAAAAACUGGGAGAGCAUUUGUUAUAUUUUACUUGGAGGAUGAGAUCGAAGAUGGAUGAGUUUCUGUUGUAUAAUUCGAAAGAUUAAUCGUAUCUAAUAAAAAGUUUAUGAUGUUCAUUCUUGUUUUUCCUGUCGAUCAUUUUUAGAAUUAUGUCGUAUGCAAUAGCAUUUUAUCAAAAAAUAAAAAUCAAAUGAUAUUUCGCCAUCAA